AAAUGUAAAAGAAAGUACCAUCCAUUAUCCAAAGAUAAUAUUUUCUCUCUGCGAUUUUAUUCGACAUUCGAUCUCCCUGUAAUUAUCCCGUACGACUUCACAACUGCGGAGAGUUAGCAAAUUCCUAUCAAAGAUAUCCAUGUCUGCUGCUUUAUUUCUAUCUCCCAAUUUAAAUUUUAUCAUCAACCACAAAAAUAGUAUUUUUUUCAAAUCGUUCAAUCCGAAAGUUACCACCUUUUCCUCAAAAUCCAAUGAUAAUAAUCAUCAUCCCAGCAAAAACUUGGAACAAUGCAAUCUUGAAUUUGAAAAUCAAGAUUACGGGUUACCAUCAAACCCCAAUUCCCAUUCAAGUUCAGUAAUUAAAGGUCCUACUGCUCCAUGGAUGAAGGGUCCUCUUCUUGUUGAACUCAAUCAAGUUUUGGACUUAUCCAAAUCAAGAAAGAAGAAAGAUUCCAACUUUGCUAAAACCCAAAAUCCUAUUGAUGCACUUUCUGGUAAAGUUAGUGGAGGAAGAGGUAAAAGAGCAAUGAAGAAGAUUUAUCAAGGAAUUGAUAAACUCCAAGAAACACAAAAUUUGGAAUUUACAGAGCUUGAGACUGAUGGAAAGGUUAAAUUUCAGUUCCCACCAGGAUGUUUAGCUGAAUGGGAAGAAGUGAGAGUUGAAUUUGAUGAGGAAAAUCCAUAUGGGAAUCAGGAUGAUGUGGAAAGGCUUGAGGGACUGGAAUUUGAUGCUUUGUCGAGAGAGAGUGAAGGAAAUGGGAAUAGAAAAAGUGGGGGGAGAAUGCCAUGGGAGAGUGAGGAGAGAAUUGUGUAUAGGAGAAUAAAGAAGGCGAAAGUUCUCACGUCUGCUGAGUCGAAACUUGAUGCAAUGUUGCUUGAGAGAUUGAGAGGUGAGGCUGAAAGGAUUCAGAAGUGGGUGAAGGUUAAGAAAGCAGGAGUCACGCGAGCUGUUGUUGACCAAAUCCACUUGGUUUGGAAGAAUAAUGAACUUGCAAUGCUCAAAUUUGACCUGCCUUUAUGUCGUAAUAUGGACAGAGCUCGAGAAAUUGUUGAGAUGAAGACUGGAGGCAUUGUUGUUUGGGGGAAGAAAAAUACUCUGGUUGUUUAUAGAGGAUGUGACUAUACUUUACGACAGAAGGAGCUGCACCAUGAUUUUCUAUGUUGUCAACAGAACUCUUCAUUUACUGAAAAUGUUAAAGAGACAAGUAUUUUCUCGUCAGUGAACUCAAGUGGGAGCAGUGAAGAUGAAAUGAUAAGUGGUGAAAAAUCAGAAGAGGAUGGCCUAGCAAUGAAUGAAUCACUUUAUGAGAGGGAAGCCAAUAGAUUAUUGGAUGACUUAGGACCUCGUUAUGUUGAUUGGUGGUGGCCAAAGCCUUUGCCUGUGGAUGCAGAUUUGCUUCCUGAAGUAGUUCCUGGAUUUAAGCCACCUUUUAGACUUUGCCCGCCACGUUCAAGAUCAAAGCUGACAGACGAUGAACUUACACACUUAAGGAAACUUGCUCGUUCUUUGCCAACUCAUUUUGUCCUCGGGAGAAACAGAAAACUGCAAGGAUUGGCUGCAGCAGUCGUAAAAUUGUGGGAGAAAUGUCAUAUAGCAAAGAUAGCUUUGAAGUGGGGAAUUCCAAAUACUAGCAAUGAGCUAAUGGCAAAUGAGCUGAAGUCUCUAACAGGAGGAGUCCUUUUAUUGCGGAAUAAAUUCUUUAUAAUCCUAUAUAGAGGAAAGGAUUUUCUUCCUUCUCAAGUUGCAAGCCUCGUAGCUGAGAGGGAGGCGGAGCUCACAAGAUGUCAGCUUGAGGAAGAAGUUGCACGAUUCAAAGCCAUUGAAACUCUUCCAAUCACUACUGAAGUAUCAAUGAGCAGUAGUAAUGUUGGGACUUUAUCAGAAUUCCAGACAAUUGCAGAACCUGGAAAGGAGAAAUCUGAGAUUGAAGUUCAAUUAGUGGCUAAAAAGGAAAGCUUAGAAAAAGAAUUGAGGAAUCAACAGCACAGCCUUUACAUCCUCAAGAAGAAGAUUGAAAAAUCAUCUAUAGCAUUAGGAAAACUAAAUGCUGCAUGGAGACCUGCCAAACAGGAUGAUGAUAAAGAAAUCUUAACACAGGAAGAGAAACUAUCUCUUAGGCAGAUAGGAUUGAAGAUGGACAGGAGUUUAGUACUUGGGAGACGCUGUGUUUUUGAUGGUGUAUUAGCUGGUCUCCAUCAGCAUUGGAAGCACAGAGAAGUUGUUAAGGUGAUCACAAUGCAGAAAUUUUUUUCUCAGGUCAUUCAUACUGCAAAGCACCUGGAGGCAGAAAGUGGUGGCAUACUGAUUUCUGUAGACAAACUUAAAGAAGGCCAUGCGAUAAUAAUUUAUCGGGGAAAGAACUACAGACGCCCGGAAUUGGUUCGUCAAAACCUUUUAAACAAAAGACAAGCUUUAUCUCGGUCCCUUGAAAUGCAGAGACUUGGAUCAUUGAAGUUCUAUGCAAACCAAACGGAGCAGGCAAUCUCUGAUCUUAAGUGCAAGUUGAAUAUACAGUAAAGAUUGGUCAAAUGGGGAAGACCUAAAAGCUUGUGGGCUGUCACUACUAUUGCUCUUGAUCUCUGUCUUGACAUGGUCUACAUACAUCAGCGCGAAGUUCACCCAUUGGCUAACUGAGUUUUAUGAGGAGAUAAGGACUAUUGCUUUGAAAAUCCAUGAUUAAUGACCUUAAACUUGUUAAAUUUUGAGGUGGAAGUGCAUCUUGGGAUUUUCACUUUUGGGAUUUGUGCAACUUGGAGAAGCACUCUUUGUGAUUUUCCUGAUGAAACAGCAGGGUUUCAGGAUGAUGGUGGACUUGCAGACGAGCAAUGGAUUGAUAGAGUAACAUUGCUAACAUUACAGCAUAGACAAAUUUCAAAGGACUGCUACUUGUUGCAUGAUCUGGAAAAUACCUGUUGAAGCAUUAGGUAGGCCCACUUCUACACCUGAAAGCAAUAAAACAGACAUUUGGAGGCUGGAUAAGACGAACAUGCUACAGGGAUUUGUUCCAUACGGCACCGAGUCGGUAACAUUAAUUGCCCUGCUGAUUUUGUAAGGACACUGUUCCUCCUCUCAUGCAGCAACUUUGUGAUAUUGUGCCAAUUCCAGGUUUGAAUUAUUACUGCAAACAUGUUUUAUAUUUUCUACUGAUUGGCAGAUUGCAUAACAAGGCCCUGUUUUUACCACUUAUUGACUUUUAAAAUUAAGUUCGCUUUAGCAAAAUUGACUAGUGGCAAAUCUACACUGCAGUAAAAGGUGGUUCUGAUGCAGCAUGAGAUGGGUGUUACCAGGAGAUCUGUUGUUAUUUGGUAAUCAUCAAUCCAGGGCGUAGUGCUCCUAUGGCUUUACCCUUCAUUUACCUCUAGACAGUGUUAAUUGUAACUUACCAAAACAAGUGUGGUCAGGUUGUGGCUUCUCAUUUUCAGCAGGAGAUGGUACAUAUAUAACUUGGAUGCCAGCCUUGGGCAUCAUUUAUGUUGGCACAUGCAUUGUAUGAUACAACUAGAUUAACUAAAUGAGUUGAAAUGCUUGGUAACACCAUAAUGUGACAUUUAUAUUCUCUCCC